GGAGGCCGGGAUUGCUUGAUUGUCGCUGUGGGGUGCAUAUCUGUAUGAUGCCAGCGUCGCGGCGGCGAAUGUGACCUGCUCGGGUGCGCCGGAAUGGGUUGGCUUUCAUUUGCAGCCCUCUUGACGAUCUGGUUUCCCUUCUCGACCGACAACCAUCUCACCCCUCGCCGCUGUCCAAAGGACCAAAACACGUAACCCACGCCAAACCGGACUGAGAACAUCUGGGUCGGGACUUGUACCCGCUUCUGGCUCACCUCGCCUGGGCCACGCCCAACCAGCCAUGGUCUAUUGCGGAAAGGCGUCCCUAGGUUGUCAGAGCUGUCGAACAAGAAGAAUCAAGUGCGACAAAGUCCGCCCACACUGCACGCAAUGCGUUCGAGUCGGCAAGCAAUGCCCCGGAUACCGAGAUCAACUCUCGUUGAUGUUCCGGGAUGAGAGCACCAAAGUCAUCCAAAAAGCCCAUGCUCAGUGGGGCGUGGCCGAGUCCCCAGAGACGGGGGAAUCAUCUGACUUGUCUCCAGCGUCGGCCUCUUCGAGCGCCUCCUCAAAUGGCAGCCGGGCUUGGACGCUUGACCGAGCGAGGCACGAGUCUCUCCCACCGCCAGAUGGUCACAUCGUCUUCCUAGCAAAUAUGCACAGGGAAAUCGAUGCUACCAAGAUUGACAAGGCUGUCCAGUUCUACAUAGAACGCUAUGUUAUCGGGCUUCCUGACGAGCCCAAAGUCGGCCAGGAGCUGCAGGGAAAGAAAUGGGCGCACACCCCAGAAGUACGAGACAUAAUGGCAGCUGUUGGGCUUGCCAGCAUGUCUAACCUCACCGGCAACAAGGAGUUGUACAUACUAGCCAGGGAACAGUACGGGCUGGCGCUUCGGCACAUGGCACUUUCGAUACGAAAUUCCAGGGGUGCGCUCGACUUGGAGGUUGCCAUGCGCAUGGUUGUCAUGCUGGCCCUGUUUGAGAUGAUACGAGGGCGUGCGCAGCCUGUCACUGCUACUGCCCGAACCCAUCUUAUGGGCGGCGCGGCAUUGCUGAAGAGUGUUCUUCCCUUCAUCAAGUCGCCGGCCGACGGGGUACGCGGCCUCUUGCAGAUGUGCUUCUCAAUGUUGGCAUCGGUGCAAGGCUCCUUGCAACAGCUCUCGACGGAACCAAACGUGCUGAUUCCCACACAAGCCAGUCUCUCUACGACCGAGGGCCUGUUGCCGAGCACCUUCUUUGACUGGAUUUCGGCUGGCGGAAGCUUGAACUCGACCCCGGAUAGGCCAGCAGCUGAACUAAUCAACAUGGUCACGCGAUUCGUUCAGCUGUCUAUCUCGGUACGCAGCCGUAGCUUUGGCGACGGGCAACCCAAGACGACCAAGAUGAUUACAGAGCUCUUGGAUCUUGACGGCCAGCUCGAGGCUUGGGAACACGGCCAAGAGGGCGUGUGGGGUUUUGCCGAAAAGAAGGCCGAUGCCGGCUUCUUCCCGCCUGAAGCGGUUCUCGAUGGCUGCUACCACGUCUACAAAGACAUGUGGGCGGCACGUGUUUGGAACCACUACCGCUGGGCUCGUAUCAUGUCGAGCCAAAUGCUGCUCGAGAGCGUGGGGCGCUUCCCUAAGAGCAGCCUCCUGCUUGUCUCGGCCGCGCAACAGCAGCUCUCGCUAGACGCCAUUGCACGUGUGGCUAGGGACUCUUUAGUAUCCACCCCGACCCAUUACCGCCACCCGGGCCUAGAGCGCGCCCACUGUGAAUACUUUGACCAGACCAAAGGCGGGGCUGGGAUAGGUGCGGCAGGCAUUCCUACCCUGCUGUUCCAGAUAAAAGUCGCUGGCGCGGCACCCGGGGUCACCCACCGCCAUCGCGCCUGGGCGUUGGCUAUGCUCGAGACCAUCUGGGCGAACUCGGGCAUGUUUCAAGCCAAAGCUCUCGCCGAGAUGCUUUAUAAGGUCACCGACGAACAUCUGGUGAAGGAAGAGCCGGAAUGACGUGUCUGUCGCCUCAACGAGGCCAGUCGGAGGAUUUUGUCUUUGCCCGUGUUUUUUUUAUCUAAUGUGCAGAAUGGCCGGCUGGCGUAUUUAUACCCCUUGUACGAUACAAUAUGUGGCUUUGGCUUUGGUGUAAUGGGUCAGGAGGGGCUUUUCCUCUUUUUGUAUUUUAUUUUGAGCUAUUCC